GUGUUGAGGAGCACUCCAUCUGUGCAAAGCAGCGGAAGCUGUGAGCAAGCUGCUGAGGAAUGUGUUCCGGAACGCAUCUCUGCGCGGCAGCGCUUGCGGCUGCUGCAGGAGCGGGCGGCCAAACUCCACACCAUCAAGGAGCAUCUCCAGCGGUUAAGCAAGGAGCGUCGAGAGGCAGCCAACCCAACCGCGGGGAAG